UGCUGCCACUGUCUAAGAUUUUCAUUUGCUAUAUCACGCAAGCCAAUGUAUUUCUUUUUCUUCCUUAGGCUUCUCAACCUUUGAAAACAUCACUUCCUAAUCUCAUUGAUUCGCCUGAUUUUCUAUCCUGUUGAAAAAAUGGGUAUGGCAAUAUCUAGGAUGUUGAAGAUGCUGUUUGCAAGGAAAGAAAUGAGAAUACUAAUGGUGGGUCUUGAUGCUGCUGGUAAAACCACCAUCCUCUACAAGCUCAAACUUGGAGAGGUUGUCACUACCAUACCCACAAUUGGGUUCAAUGUGGAAACUGUGGAAUACAAAAAUGUAAGCUUCACUGUCUGGGAUGUUGGAGGACAAGACAAGAUUCGGCCACUUUGGAGACACUAUUUCCAGAACACUCAGGGUCUUAUCUUUGUGGUGGAUAGCAAUGAUAGAGACAGAGUUUCAGAAGCUAGAGACGAGCUCCAUCGAAUGCUAAGUGAGGAUGAACUCUCCAAUGCAACACUGCUUGUAUUUGCCAACAAGCAAGAUCUUCCAAAUGCCAUGAGUGUUUCUGAGAUCACUGAUAAGCUUGGCCUGCAUUCACUCCGCCAGCGCCGCUGGUACAUUCAGGCUGCUUGUGCCACUUCUGGGCAAGGACUUUACGAGGGUCUUGAUUGGUUAUCCAGCAACAUCUCAAGCAAAACAUGAUAAGCUAAACUCCUCUGAGGCCGGAGUUUGUUAUCUAUUUCAGCAAAUGUUGAUUACAAGUUGCUGGAUUAAUUUCAUAAAUGAUCAUACAGGCCUGAUAUCUAGUCUACUAAGCUAAAAUUUUCAUAUUUCAGUCUGUAUCAUCUCUUUCUAGUCAUCUAACAAUAUAAACAGUACAAUGUAAUUAGUUGCAUAGAUACGUGUCUGAAAGCCUUGCUUUAAGGGUUAUUUGUCACAUAUGUUGCUGCUAGCAACCUUUUUUUUUUUGUCAA